AUGGGUGAGCAAGUCGAGGGCCAACGACCAUUUCGCAACGCCACAAGACAAAUAGCUCAGAGAGUCGAGCCUGGCUGCCACAAUCGACAGUCGCAGUCAAUAGCCAAUAGCCGCAGACAGCAGACAGCAGAUAGUCGACAGCCAAGAGCGGCAGCCCGUCAGUGCAUCAAGUUCAUCUCUCUCUCUCUCUCUCUCUCUCUCACACACACACACACACACACAAGAAAUACGAAAAAAAAAGUAACGGUACACACACACACACACACACACACACACACACACACACACACACACACGGCGGCGGUGCCAGUGCCUCCAGUGGGACCGAGUGUGGUUUUUGCCAAGGGAGAGGCUGGGUACUACUGCAUCAAGAUUCCGGAUGUGGUGCAUUUCCCAAACAGCUCAACCUUGCUGGCGUUUGGAGAGGCUCGCCGAGACUCGUGCUCGGACUACACUGCCACCGAGCUGGUGAUGAAGCGCUCUGAAGACCUUGGUCGCACGUGGGGCAAUCUUACCGUGGUCCACGCCAAUGGCGCUCAUGUUGUGGGCAAUGCUGCGCCAGUACUCCUGCCCUCUGGUCGGCUGCUUUUACCACAUUGCCUCGACAACAAGGUUGUCUACACCAUGCACAGUGACGACCAAGGUAUGAGCUGGAGCACCCCCACUUUGGUCUCAAACGCAGUGCGGGACGACUGGCGCUGGAUUGGUCUAGGGCCACCCGGUGGUCUCUACAAUCGCGGCCGGGUUGUCAUACCAGCCUAUCACGACACAUCACCACAUGGUGAUGAUGGCCAGUUUACACACCCCCACACACUUCUCAGCGAUGACGAGGGUGCAACUUGGCGCAUCGGAGCCACCAUCAACUCUACGGAGCUCGAUCCUUUCUUCUCCAACGAGAACCAGGCUGCGGUCUUGAGCAACGGCAGCCUGUUCUUUUCCGCGCGCACCUUGCUGGAAAGACGCAGCCAGUGGUUGAGUCACGAUAAUGGCGAAUCCUUUGGGCCUGUUCAACUGGUGGAGACGCUCAUCCAGCCCGUAGAUGGCUGUGAGGGGUCAAUUGUGACCUUGGCCUCGGGGGCACUGGUGCUGACACAUCCAGCGGCAUGGGACCUACGCUACAAUCUGACAGCACAUGUGAGCCAAGACAACGGGACCUCCUGGACCCCUAGCGUUGUGAUUGACCCGCUCCCGAGCGGGUACUCGGCUUUGGUGGACCUGAGCUCACCGGAAGGAGGUCAAGCAGUUGUUGGUCUGCUCUGGGAGCACGCACCUCUGCCCAAACAACUAGUAUUCGUGCCGACUGACAUUCGCUUUCAGGUGAUUCCGCUCUCGCUGUGA